AUUCGCUUUCAUUCCAAACAAUCUGUUCCAAACACAUUACUACAAUAAAGUCAUAAAGUGGUUUUCAGCAGAAAUUUUAAAAUGUUCAAUGGUUUCUUGACGCAAAAAUGAAUGCAGAAGUUGAAGAUAACAUCAGGAAGAAUGUUACUUGGGCUCAUCUUCCAGCACAUCUUAAACAGAUUUUAGGCAAUAGUUCUAAGGAGUAUGACCGAUAUGUAGUGAAUUUCAGCAUAAAGAAUCAGCUUCGAUAUAGAGGAAACCUAGUUCGUCAUGUCUUUAGAGAUGAGAAGCGGUAUUAUGAGCAUAUUAUUGGCUAUAGUAGGGAAAAGCUUAUGCUGUUUCCAUAUCACCUAGCUGAUAUGGUGGUGAAAGGUUUAAGGAUGACACCAUUCAACUAUUAUAUUUUGGUUGUAGAGAAGUUAAUGCUUGCAGAAAAAAGUUAUGAUACAUUGCCUAAUUUUACAGCAGCUGAUUGUUUAAGGUUAUUGGGUAUAGGUCGCAAUGAGUAUAUUGAACUGAUGAAUAAAUCCCGUUCCAAUAGAGGUAGGCUGUUUGGUAGGAAGAAUGUUAGAAUUUUGUUACCUAGAGUACCAUGUGAUAUUCAUAUAGAACCUUGGUGGAGAGUCGAAAUAGGACUUGUGCUAGAGGAAGAUGUUAAAAUGGUGAAUGAAGAAGAGCUAGCACUCCUUGACAAACUUAUAGAUUAUGGUUCCCAAAAUGCUGGUGAUUUAGAUUAUCAUGUUGUUCUUUCAUUAUAUAAGAAAGGCUUAAUCUACUUAGAUGUACCCAUAACUGGAGCUGAUAGAGUACAAGUACCUCCAUUGCAAGGUUUUGUCAUGAACAGAAUUCUGGGUGAUUAUUUUGAAACUUUGCUGUACAAAAUAUUUGUGUCAAUAGAUGAACACACAACAGUAGGAGAGCUUGCCAGUGUGUUAGAAGUAGAGACAGAGUUGGUAAAACAGGCAGUGUCAUUAUAUUGUAGGCUGCAGUUUGCCAGGAAGUUGAAUCAAGAUGAGCAGGAAAGGAAAUGGCAUCCAUCAUGGACAAAUAUUCCUGUUCAGAAUGAUAAGAACAUGGAUAUUACUCCGUUAACCUUGGCCCUUACCCCUACGCAUACCUCGCCAAUCCCUUCAUCCCCGACAGGACUACCUGAUCCCCCAGACAGUCCAGCUGCGUCGACUACUCGAUCUGGACGUAGAGUUGCCUUCCUGUUUGAUUCUGCUCUGACCGCGUUUUUAAUGAUGGGCAACUUAUCUCCAGGAUUGAAGAGACAUGCAGUCACCAUGUUCGAGGUGGGCAAGCUAUGUGACGAGAGUCUGGACAGCUUUUUGGCCGAGUUGGAGAAGGUGUCUGUUUUGGACGCAGAAGGAGAAGGUGAGGCAAGAAGGUUCUUUGAUCAUGCUGUAAUCCUAAGAUCCACAGUGCUGGCACUGAGGAAAUUACCAGGUCCAGGUUUAGAUUUAGUAAGAUUAGAAAGCCUGCACUCGUUAGAUGAGGCUACAUGUUCCAGAUUGUUACAAAAGAAGUACAAGUUACUAGUCUCCAUGGCUCCUCUGAGUAGAGAAGUUCGACCAGUUACCAGUUUAUCUCCCCCACAUCUUGGCCCUGCAGUACCUGAAGUCAACAGCUUGUGGUUCAAAAUGUUUUUGUACCACAUGACUGGCUAUGGACCACCAUCUUUACUUCUCACAAAGGGCACAACAUUAAAACAACUGCCACGAAUGUUUUUAGGCUUUAGUCGACUUCUGGUGACAUCUUGGUUGCAUGAACCAGCAGUCAUUCCAAUCGCCAAUAUUUUGUAUGUGAAUGCUACUCUGCAAUUUGCAUCUGUCCUCAUACAAGCGUAUGGCGUUAUGCGACCUGCGGAAACACAAGUGGUUCCAUUUCCAUUCAAAAAGAGUGUAAAUAACAGGCCUAAUGAGGUACUAUUUCACAAUCAUGGCUCAGUGAAGUGUUUGAGUGAAGUAGUAAAUUUGGAGCAUAACUGUGGAUACUUAACAUUUGUAAAUAUUGGAAUUCUAGAUUUUGGUUGUAAGAACAGAGAGAAGGUUGUGAGGUUAGGCAGAACUGUAAAAAAUGGUGCUGUAGGGUCAGCAAAGCAAGUACAAAGAAAAACGGAAAACAAUAACCAAGAAGAACCAUUGUCAAUUACAAACGAAAACUUUAGCUUUAAGACGGAAACUACGCCGAAGAAAACUCUAGAUAAACCUGUGGAAGAUGACAAGAAGUUACAGUCUCCUGUGGAAAGUCAUUUUGCAUUAACACCGGUCACCAAUAGUCAGUCUUCCUCUCCUGCAAAUGGUUUUACCAGCCAGGAAGGAAAUAACUUGCUCCAAGAAGAGUUGGAUCAGUUGGCGAUAGACGAAACCGACAACGUGAGAACUGAUAACAUGCUUUCUCUAACUCUGAAGAACAGUGUGUCGGUAGAUGGUUUGCUAAGCCCAAUGGAAGAAAACAUAAGUAUGUUUAGUAGAGACGAAGGUAGUGCUGUGAAGAGCAGUGAUGGGUCCGUGAAAGAUGAUAAAAAAGAGAAGAAUAGUACAGAUGAAGAUAGAGCUGAGGUCUGGACACUGCUAGAUUGUCAUUUUGGAGUGCCACUGUUUGACGUGAACGCAAAUACUAAUAUCUGUGAUAGCAUUGUGUCUGGAGGGUUAGCGGAAGCAGCAAGCCUCGAACAGCUGGUUGAAUCUAGCCGAAAGUUGGGAUCAGCAUUGCUGGAUUUCAUUUCACAAUGUCAGUACUAUCCAGGGGAAAAUAUGGAGAUCCUCAAACGCGGAAGAUUAGUGCCAUUACCAAGACAUAACUUGGUUUUCGAUAAUGGACGAGUGAGCGAAUGGUCAGGUAAAUGAAAAUCAAAGAAUCGUGGAUGUGAACUUUAUUUUUGAGUUGUUGAAGCACUAGAAGUGAAAUAUAUCUUAUAUAUCUAAGGCAAUAACGCGUGGAAGUGCAAAGUACCAUUGUUUUUAUUUUUAUGAAUUAAUCUACUGUUGUUAUAGUUUUUUGUGUAAUCUAUUGAAGCAUUGUAUUUUUUAAUAUGCUUAUCUAAGAGUGUUGGCAUUUACAGUACUUAAUUAACGUGUAUAACAGUUCGUUUCAAAUGUUGCUUUAUGUUGAAAAUCAGGGAGGUCAAUAAUUUUUUUACUGUUUACAUCCCAACAUCAUAUCUACAGUAUUAAAGUCAUUCCUUUGUAUUUAUUGAAAGUUUUAAACAUAAAUAUAUUUGUAUUGUUAUUA